GACCCCCGGAAGAUUUUCCCCUUCGUGAUUGGCAUUCCGGUAUAACCUUUAUCCGGGAAAUGUUGCGGUCAUGUGAAAGCAAGUCAUUCCAUCUACUCAUCACAACAACAUCUCUGCCUUGUCUAGAUAUAUCUUCACGGAGCUCGGAGAAGAGCUCUGCUGGCCUAAUGAAUGAAUGCGUAUCUUCUCAAUAGGGUUUUGGGGUCCAUAAGUCCCUCGGCCUUUCAUGUCGCACAAACCACGCGACUUGUUCAACAGCUCGAGCCAGCGCCUGGCAUUCGCUUCUCAGCACGUAGAGACAUUCUCUUAGGCGGAAGUCAAGAGGAUGCAGGCUUGAUCUUUGAUGAUGAGGUAUUUGCUCACAAGGCGGGAGUGAAUGUGCUCGCCAUCGAUCACUAUGACGGCCGAUUCAUGGUCUCUGGGGGUGCAGAUCCUUCAAUUCAUCUGUGGGAUUUAGAGUCACGAGGCUCAGAUCUGAAACAUGUACACCAGUCUGUGGCAUCUGUCAACAGAGCCUCACACGAAGAUGCCCAUACACGUGCCAUUACUUCCGUCUCCAUAUACCCAUUUGAUCCCACACCGUCUACUAUUUUGACAACCUCGUACGAUGGCACACUCAAGCUUUCGGCUUUAGCGCCAGCGGCUAUUACACCUGUGCACACUUUCAAUCUAGACUGCACACCGUACACCCAUUCGCUGUCGUCAAAUCCAGCGUCUCCUUUGCUCAUUGCAGUAGGUACCUCGGAGAAGCCGGUCCGACUACUUGACCUACGUUCAGGUCUGUCGACACAUGGUCUCCCCGGGCAUGAAUCCUCAGUCCUGUCCGUAUCAUGGGCUCCUCACCAGCCACACAUCCUGGCUUCUGCGUCGGCAGAUAAUAGAGUAAUUCUCUUCGACAUCCGCCGGGGAGGCCACAAUUCAGCGAUCGCAGCACUAGACAUGGAUGAUGCUGUUGGACUCGUGCGCCCGGGAUCCACCUCAGCAUCCUACCAGAGCCGCCCAGCAUUCUCGCCGCACGCCCGAUCCCAUAAUGGCGCCGUGACGGGUGUGCGGUGGACAUCUACCGGUAGUCACCUGGUGACCGCUGGUCAGGACUCUCGGAUUCGAGUUUGGGAUGCUGGGACAGGUGCGAACACGCUUGUACACUUCGGUCAGCGUGUCCGGAACAGUGUAACUUCGCACCUCGCCGAAAGGGCACCGCUCAUUGUACCUCGCGGAGUGGUCAGCUCUGGGCAAGAAACGCUCUUAUGGCCAAACUUCAAUGAGAGAGACGACCGUGGGGAGAUCUUCAUGUUUGAACUCCGAGAGGGGGCUUUUGUCAAGCUUCUUCGCGUACCGGGUCUUGUGACCGGUCGUCAGCAGUUCCAGGGCCGCUCCAGUGCGCUCAGCGCUGCGAGGAUCAACGCCCUUGCGUGGCGCGGCAACGGUGCUUCAGGAGAAGGGAUCGAGAUGUUUUCGGCCCACGGCGACGGAACCAUUCGCACCUGGGCCUCACGGGAACCCGAGGGUGAGCCGGAUGAUGAAGCCGAAGAAGCCGAACGAGCAGACCGCAAACGCAAGCGCGAUGUUCUCGACGAGAUUUACCGGGGAUUCAUAGGCUAAUUGUACGGUGAAGAACUCUACGAAAGGACCAAACAUAGAACAAGAUAGAAAUAUCGUUUCGUUCAUCUAUAAUACAUCAUGCUCAUGUCAAAGCAUAUCCCAGAUAUGCAUAUCGUUUACUCGUUUCUGAUCUGAUGCUCGCCAAUAGCAUCUUCGUCCUCUCCGGAAAAUCGCUCAUAAGCACUGCGGUUGAGAUUGGAGUGCUUCAGGUUUCUGGACUCGCCCUUGGCUCCAG